UGACUUGAUCCCGCAGCAGCAGCAGCAGCAGCAGCACCGGUGAGGCUGCAGGGCUGACAAACAUGGCUCAGCACGGACAUGAAUAACGGGACAGAGGACGGAUCAUCUAUCAUCUAAAGCAGGAGCAGAACUGUUAUUGAAGCUCCUCUGUCCUGUGUGACCCCCCUGACACAGAGAGGAUGGUGAUGGCGGAGAGGGGCCAGAGAGACGGAGGGAGGGGGGAGCCGGUGGGGACAAGAACACAGGGAAGGCAGAUCUUUGCAGAGCUUGGGGAGCAGAACUUUGACUCCAUCUGUCUUUCUACAUACCGGACUGCUUGCAAGCUCAGAUUUAUUCAGAAGAGAUGCAACUUGCACUUGAUUGACAUAUACAAUGUGAUUGAGGCUGUGCGGGACGCUGGUCUAAAUGCAGUAGAGGUCAACGCCGGCAUCUCCGUAACCAGACUGGAGAACCUGGUGUCCUCUCUGUUCAACCAGCUCAGCAAGCGCCUGCCCACGACACACACCAUCAACCCACAGGAGAGCACCGUCCUCUUGGUCGAGUUCUUACUGGCCGCCAUUGAUUGUGAGCCAGAGAACCGUCUCACAGUUCUGUCCGUGAAGGCGUUACUGGCCACUCUGUGUGGAGGGAAGCUGGUAGACAAACUUCGCUAUGUGUUUUCUCAGGUAUCUGACUCCAACGGUGUCAUGGUAUUGUCCAAGUUUGACAGUUUCCUGAGAGAGGCUCUCAAGCUUCCCACAGCGGUACAUGAAGGACCGUCCUUUGGCUACACACACACUGUAGCACGCUCCUGUUUCCCACAGCAGAAAAGAGUGAUGCUCAACAUGUUCUUGGACAUUGUAUCCGAGCCCCCGAAGUGUCUUGUCUGGCUCCCUCUGAUGCAUCGUCAGGCCAAUGUCGAACAUGUUUUUCAUCCCGUGUCGUGCUCCUACUGCCGUAGCAACGGUAUGACUGGCUUCCGCUAUCGCUGCCUGCGCUGCCGUGGUUACCAGCUCUGCCAGAACUGCUUCUGGCGCGGCAACGUCAGCGGUUCUCAUAGCAGCCAGCACCAGAUGAAGGAGCACUCAUCCUGGAAAUCACCGGCUACAAAACUUGGCCGGGCCCUGAGCAGGACUCUGGGCUGCGUAUCAUCCAGGGAGGCACCCCACCCCAUUUACCCUGAGGAGCCUGAGAAGACACUUAACCUCUCAAACAUAGUACCCUCCAGACCAGCUGGGAACGCCAGCGAGGCCAUGUUGCUGUCCUCAUCAGCCACAGAGUCCUCUAGAAGUUUGGCAGCAGCUCAGCGAAUGAAUGAGGAGCACGCUUUGAUCGCAGCUUAUGUGAAUCGCCUGCAGAACAGCCCACGGGUGGACAGUCCAAGCAGGCAAGAUGAGGAGCACAAACUGAUAGCUCGCUACACCUCCCGACUGGCAGAGACCGAUAGUACAGGAAUGAUUCCUACACGGAGCAUCAACUUUGAUGCAAACAAACAGAAGAGGGAGCUCAUCGCUCAGCUGGAGUGCAAAAACAGAGAGAUCUUGGCAGAAAUCAAGCAUCUCCGUGCAGAGCAUGACGCAGCGUGCCAGUCCAGCCCAGAGAGAGGCAGCACCAACCCCACUCUGCUGGCCGAGCUUCGUCUGCUCAGACAGAGGAAAGAUGAACUGGAGCAGCGGAUGUCGUCUCUGCAAGAGAGCAGGAGGGAACUGAUGGUACAGCUGGAGGGACUGAUGAAACUGCUCAAGGAUGAGGAACUGCGACAGGCAGCGCAGGCAGCUGGCUCUUCACACGCCUCUCCGUCUCGACCGAGCCCGUCAACUGUCCGCACCGCAGGGGCUGCAUCUCCUCAGGCUUACAUGUACGCUCCUCAAGACUCCCUCGCCGGCGUGGGGGGUGACGUACAAGAGGCUUUUUCUCAAGGUCCAAGAAGAAACUUGAGAAACGACCUUCUUGUGGCAGCUGACUCCAUCACCAACACUGUGUCCUCUCUGGUUAAAGAGCUCCACUCUGAUGAGGGUCGGGAAGAGGAGGAGAGAUUGCUGAAUGGGAAGGACAGAGCAGGUUAAAAUACGGGACAACAAUAGCAUGCAGAAAUCACACGUCACAGGGAUCAUCAGCUGAAGUCUCCCUCUCCUUUCAGAGAGAUGUUUCAACACGGUCAGAUGUGAUGUUUCCACACGUCCAAAGGCAACCGACCCUGCUGGGAAUAAAGCAAAUCGUCAGAUAUUCUUGGUUAGUCAGUAGGGGAUUAGAGCUCCUUUUGCCAAUCAACCAAUCAUGAUGCUGGACACCAAAUGAUCGCUGGAUCCCUACUGAUGUAUAGCUGUGAUUCUGUGUGUCUUGUCACUGUGGUUUUACUGUUUUGAUUUGAUUAUGUAUAGCUAAACGAGGAAACGGAAACCUACUGAUUUCUAUUGUAGCAUGCGUUUGCUCUGCAUUAUUGAGGUGCGAGAGGGUUGAGUAAGUGGGAGAGACACGAAGGAGGAUGACAAGAAGGGAAGUUUCCUGAGGGGGCGGGAGGGUUUCAGGAUCAGAAGUAGAGGACCUGUAUGUAACCACGUUGGAUAGAAAAACGGAAAGUUGAGAAGAUGAGAAGCGAGUUGUAAAGUUUUUAAGUUUCAGCACUGUGUGCUCAGUAUUUAUUGCUUUGAUUUCUCUUUUGAGAUCCACUCAGUGGGUUUGAGUGUUUUGAUGUACUUGAGUGUGGUCAGAUCCUGCUGAGACCUUAAGCUUUAACGGGGCGUCUCCAGCUGCAUCAUGCACAGCCGCCCUGUCUGGCUGAGACCAUACCGAGUGGAGACUUGAGGUCUUGGUCCUGGUAUCUGAAACCAUAGUCUGUAUAUAUAGUCGGACGAUAUGUCGCCACUUCCUCCACUUUGACGAGAGUGUAAUCAGAAUAGUGUGGAAGUGCGCGCUGCUUUAACCCGAGUAAGAGCCUGGGUUCUGCUGGAGCUUUCAUCCUGUUCAUCUCCACCACCACCAAGUGGAAAAUCAUUAGAAAAUCAUUAGCUUUCUCUGUGUAAAUUACUUGGAGAUUACUUUUUUCUGUGAUUUGGUGCUAUAUUUGGACUUUACUUGUUUUGAGAGCUGUUACGUCAUCCACAUUUAUGGAAAGUCUUUAUGAAACCAGGAUGAAAAUGAUGCCAUUGGUGCAGGUAUGGCAGCUCAGGUUGUCCAGGCUUCUCUGUGUAUCGCGGUACUGCAGCCAAAGACCAGAUAUCCAAUUACUGUCCUGUGAGCUUUUGAGUGAGUGUGUUUGAAUGUGUGGCAUCAACGGAGUCAUUUUUUUUGCAGAAGCGCAUUAUGAAACAUUUACCGUCACCAGUCAAAGAACGGACGGUCAGAUUAACCAAAACGGUCAUAAUGUUCAUGCGUGUAAUUGUUGCAGGAUCUGUGGGUAACAAAUUGCCCUCCUCAAAGAUUUUCUUUCAUGUUUUCUCACAUGUUGCUUUUGCUUAAAUAAUAUUGGAGGAGAGAAACAAUCAGUUCUACGUAUAGUAUUCAUUUUAGUGUGUAGCAGUUCAGAAGGUUUGGGUCACUAGUUCAGAUUUUGACAAAGCAAAUCUUUCUCAUGAGAUUUGAACACCCACGUAGAUAAGUUGGCAGUGCUGCAGAUACAUCAAGGUGUAGAAAUAAUCUGGUUUCUGUGGAUCAUUUACAGAAGGUGAGCAGCUUUUUUAUUUUUUAUUUCAAAUAAAAAAAAAUGGUCUCUAAAGCAUUGGUUUUGUGUGUUUUUGUUGUUUAAAACUUUAAAUGCUUCUUUAGAUUAUUUUUUUUUUUACCUUAUGUUAAAGAACUAACUUUUACAAAUAGCAGUCUGAAAUAAUCUAAUCUUAACUUUGUUGAUAAAAAUGAAUGUAUCACCUGGUGUCCAAACACGACUCCUCGCUCUUCAAGUUUUCUGUAAAAUGCAGAGGAUUUAAUUGUGUGAGUUGAAGGUUUUACAUGCUGGAUCCAAAUGCAAAUCCUGUUUGUUUCAUUACAGUUAAUAGCUGUGAAGUAUGUUGAUCAACCAAAUGUAAGUCAAGACAACCAUCUUUUCAGGCUUUAGUUCAGAAGCUGUUCUCUACUGCUUCGUACACUCGUGCAUUACUUUUCCUUCACUUUCAACCAGCCUUUUCUCUUUUUUGACUGACUACUUGAAACUGUGAUUAUCACGUUUCCAGUCUCCAGACAGAUUGACUGACUGCAUGAGUGAUUUACUGAAUGAAUGAGCUUGUGUUUCAGUGUGUACUUGUAACAGUGUGUGAGAGAAGACGAUGAAACUGUAAACACCUCCUGCUCUGGACCUGCCGGAGCUGCUGGUGUAAGUGAAAUGUGUGGAUAUGUGUUUUAUCUGCAAUGAAAUAAUAUUAAACAUCAAACUACAAGUUUCA